AUGGUCCUCCGGAUUCGGUUGGCGCGCUUCGGUAACAAACACGUCCCCUUCUACAACAUCGUCGUUGCGCAGGCACGAUCCGCCCGUGGUGCGAAGCCUCUCGAAGUUAUCGGCACCUACAACCCCCUCCCCAAGCGUCCCACGAACCUGUACGAUGAGAACGUCAAUGUGCGCCCCUUCAAGGAAAUUGCUCUCGAUCGCUCGCGCGCAAAGUACUGGCUGGGUGUAGGCGCACAGCCUAGCGAUCCGGUCUGGAAGUUGAUGAGCAUGGCUGGUCUUGUUGAACAGAAGCCCGCUACCUGGAACAAGGCAUGA